GUGUGAGUGGGGACAGCCGUUCUCACGUCCGCUUUCCCACAAUAUAAACUUGCCUGCGUCAUAACAUCUACGGCUUUUGGGAGUGCACAACAAGUAUUAGUAGACGCAGCAGAAGAACGAGGAAUACAGCCAUGGCGACGCCGAGCAAGAUGAAGAAAUACGCUUGCAAGUUCCAAAGCGAAUGGAAACAAGAAUUUCAAUUCAUCCAGGACAGUUCGAAGGGGAAGGGGUAUGUUGCCUGUAAAUUUUGUAGAACAGACUUCUCAAUUGAACACGGUGGCCGAAAUGAUAUAAUCAUUCAUGAACGGAGAGCGAAGCACAAGGCGGCGGCAGCGCAGCACCGGUCACAGUCCAGUAUUAUGGGCCACCUCGCAAAAUGGAGACCCGAUGGUGUAAUAUAUGCCGAGACAAAGAUGACUAUGCUGAUAGCUGCAAGCAACAUCCCAUUCUCAUUUGCGGAUGUUUACAACAAAUCCGUGAAGAAUAUGUACCCGGAUUCAGAGAUCGCUUGCCAGUACUCAAAUGGCAGAACAAAGGCGACUCAAAUAGUGAAAGGUGCCAUUGCCCCGGAAUUGGACAAGGAAGUGAUGGAACUUUGCCAAAACCAACCCUUUGGUCUGAUGUGUGAUGAAAGCACAAGCAGAAAGAUGGAUAAAGAGUUCGUGAUAUUGGCCAGGGUUUGCGAUCCGAAAACUGAGGAGGUGGUGACGAAGUUUCUGCACAUGCCAGUGUGCAACAUUGGCGCAGCAGAGAACCUCUUUGAGUCACUGAACACAGUGCUAAGGUAA